GGUAUCCGGUCAUCUCUAGAAUUUCACGAAAAUUUCAUCCGCCAAAAACGUAAACUAAAGGAGUAUCUUUCGAAAUAAAGUGAUGUCGCAGAUGACCAGCUGUCCAAUAAACUGUGCAAACAGAGACUAAGACCGUUGCCACCAGAUUUCGAAAAGAGCUGCAGUGAAUCCUGCGCUCAGGAGGCUGGGAUAUUGAAAUUUCCACCUUGUGGGUGGUACAGCUGCGCAGGAAGAAGAAGAACGACAACGCUGCACUCGAUUUGAUAAACAAAAGAAUUAAAAACUCAUAAAAAAAGGAUUAAAUCGGUCACCUGAAGAAGAUGUCAGGCGAAAGUUAGUAGGAUCGAUCCUAACACUUGGUCCAGCAGCAGCAUAGAAAUCUCCAGAUAAGGAUGCAGCUCCCACUGGCCGUGUCCGCUGAGCUGACCAACGUGACCGCCGACUACGAUGUGUCCGGCGAGAUGCCCUCCUCCAAGGAAAACUUUAAGCGCAGCAUCAUGAAAUCUACCGUGAGGAACGCAACGCCGGCGAGCUGCUCCCCGCAACCGACGAUCGUGGAGCUGAAGCCGCCGGCGGAGGACGAGGCGAACUACUACUAUAUGCCCGCGUGCACACGGAUCAGCCGGUGCAAUGGAUGCUGCGGAUCCACGCUGAUCUCCUGCCAGCCGACGGAGGUUGAGCAGGUGCAGCUGCGGGUGCGCAAGGUGGACCGGGCGGCCACCAGCGGACGCAGGCCGUUCACCAUCAUCACCGUGGAGCAGCACACGCAGUGCCGCUGCGAUUGCCGCACGAAGGCGGAGGACUGCAACGUGUACCAGUCGUAUCGCAAGGAUCUGUGCCGCUGCGAGUGCCACAACACGGACGCCCGGGACAAGUGCCUGGAGCAGGCCGAGAACAAGUACUGGGUGGACGACAACUGCACCUGCGUCUGCCGCUACAACCAGAGCUGCACCACCGGCACCGUCUUCGAUGAGACGCAGUGCAAGUGCACCGACCCGGCUGCACCCAUCGAUGUCUUGGACCGCAAACGCUUCAUUGUCCAGGCGGUACAGGUGGACCCCGAUAACACCACCCUGUACAGUGUUUGAGGACAGUUGGUUCGCCACGGAGUACGAAGUAGAGACGCCAGCUUCCUAGCGGGGAAUCCCCGAGUACUGAGCAGGCAAUUGCCGGGGAAUUGCACCGUGUACUUUAUAUUAUUUAUAGUUAUCGAUUAAACUUAGGCUAAAACUGUAAUGCCCCUAAACUUAACACACAGUAUUUACCCCCCUCUGCAUCUGCGGCACGAGAAAAACUUUAUGUGGUUGCGCAGAAAUCUCUGGCGAUUGGAUAGUUACUUGCCACAGAGAAAUGUACUUUCAGAUACAUUUUCGAAGUAUUUUAGACCUUUGGAGAUUUCUGCGCAAGUCCUUUACAUUACUUUUAUUAAUUUGUUUAUAUAACUUUUUAAGCGCCUUUCACUUUGUCGCGGCUUUGUACACAUUUGUUGAUUUCCGUUUGUUUAAGUUUUAAGUCAUCCAAAAAUAGUUGUCCACAAUUUAAAGACUUUCAAUUAUUCGCCGUACUUCAUUUGUAUGUAACUUUUUUUUUUGUAAAAAAAUGU